AUGACUCUGUUGAUACCUGGGUGUAAGUCACCGGGUCAAGACAUUGAUGUUUUUUUGCGGCCGCUGGUUAACACGCUAAAAAAACUUUGGCAUCAAGGUGUACAAGAUUUUGAUUCUUUGAAAAGGGAGUAUUUUAAUCUGAAAGAAACUCUGAUGUUUGGUAUUCAUGACUUGCCUGCUCAAGGUGUUUUAAGUGGAUGUACCACUCAUGUCUAUUGUGAGUGUGUUUGUUGCGCAGAAGAAACUAGAAGUACUCAUCUAGGUUACGGCAACAAGAUUGUGUACACUAACUAUCGUAUAUUCCUUAAGUCAAGGAACCCAUUUAGGGAUGAGACUCUUUUGGGAUUAGAGACACGGGAGCAUAAAAGUGCACCGCUGAGACUAACAGGAGCGCAGUCGCUUGAGAAGUUGGCCGAUGUUCAAUACGAACCUGGUAAGUUAGUGGUCCGCAAGACAGGUAAACGAAAGAGAUAUCAGUCUGAUGAAGAGGAAGGCGAUUCUGAGCUUGUCACAGGUGCUUUCUUCAAGAAGUGUAUUCUUUGGGAACUGGAGUCGUAUUGUGCCUUGACUAUAAGGAAUUGUGUCGACGUGAUGCACAUGGAAAAGAACGUCAUGGUACAUAUUAUCUACACUAUCUUUGAUAAGGAUAAUAAGGCUAUUGUUGCAUGGAAUAAUCGUGACAAAUUGAAGGAGAAUAAACUACAUUCUGGAGAGUGGAAAGAGAAGAAAACAGAGAAAGGAGUAGAGAUGCUUCAACAUGCCUUUCCAGGAGAGAAAGACGUGCGUACUACGCUUCAACAAGUCAGUAUGUAUUUUAGAAUUUUGUGCUCAAAGGUGGUUAGCAGAGAGUAUCUUAACCAGGCUAAGUGGAUGAUUGCAGAGGCCAUGUGUGUGCUCAAAAAGUAUUUUCUGGCUAGAUUUUUUGAUAUAAGCGUGCACAACAUGGUUCAUUUGGCUGAUGAGGCCUUAGUUUGUGGACCUGCAAUGAAGGAGUGCAAAAACAUCCUAAAUAACAACAGAUACAUUGAAGGGUCAAUUACAAAGUCGACUGAAAUGGAUGACUGUGUUAGAUUUGGCAUGGAGCACAUGAAAAAUGCUGAUGAGUUCACAAAGAAAAUUUGGAGCCCUUCUUAUAGGAUGAACAUGAAUUCAGCGAUGUGGGUUCUGUGCUUGAUGAAAAGCCAGUUCAGGGAUUAUUGCGAGAAUUGUGAAGCCGAUGGGGUUGCAAUUAAGCAAGUCGAGAUGCAAACCAAGUUCCUUAGUUGGCUGUAUAAAAAGUAUGCUGAUGUGUUGAUUUUAUUUUCGCUUUCAUAUCUUAGAUCAGAAGACAAAAUGGAUACAUAUUUGUGGUGUUACGUUAGAGGUCCAGUGUCUCGAAAAGAGUAUAAAAGAUACUGUGUGAAUGGAUUUAGUUUUUGUUCCCAAGCAAACCCGGAAAAGGCUAAGACCCGAGACAGUGGUGUCACCGUGGUUGCCUCAACCACUUUUAGGAGCUCGAAAAGGGACAAAAGACCUGUUACUAACCUAACCCGGUGGUAUGGGGUGAUCAGACAAAUACUAGAGUUGAACUAUGGUACAUUUAAAGAAACUGUCUUCUACUAUAAUUGGGUGAAGGUAGAGAAUGGAGCAAAGAUAUGUCAGGAUUCAGAUUUUCCUUUGGUAAAUCUUUCAAGAUUGAAAAGUCAUACCAAUAUUUCAGACGAGCCUGUGAUUCUCGCUGAAGAGGCUGCCCAAGUUUUCUACUCCAGAGACGUGAAACAUCCAGAUUGGUGGGUUUAUAUUCAUACGCCGAGAGGAAUGACUGCAUAUGUGGACAAAGCAGAGAUACCAGGUCGCGACAGUUUUCAAGAUAUUUUAGAAGAGGAACCACAUCUACGUAAAUUGAUGGAGAAAAAGCGUCUACCUAGAUCAAAGAAAUGA